GCCCAGCGCAUCGCCUGAGGCGGGCGAGCGAGGGCGGCGGUGGUCGCAGAGGAGGCGCCGAGGGGAGGGAAGGGAAGAAGGGAAGGCAGCCGGGGGAGAAGUCUCCCACCUCCUCCUUCCCUUCGCCGGCACCGCCUCCUCGGCGCUCCCCAGUGCUGGGGUGCCCGGGCGGGGCGGCGCUCCCGGUCCCUGCCGGGGGUCGGCGCGGCCGGAGCAGGCGGGGGACGUGGCCGGUGCCGUGCGGAGGGAAUACCUCUGAUGCAUUUUUCCCUCUCCCAAGUCUCUCUGAAACCAACAAGCCUGGGGUUAUGAAGUCAGUCCUAGAUGGCCUCGCAGAUACAACUUUCCGCACAAUCACGACAGAUCUCCUUUACGUGGGCUCCAACGAUAUCCAGUACGAAGACAUGAAGGGCGACAUGGCGUCCAAGCUGGGGUACUAUCCCCAGAAGUUUCCUCUCUCUUCCUUCAGGGGUGAUCCUUUCCAAGAAAAAAUGACUGCAGGAGAUGAUCCCCUGUUGAGCAUUAUUCCCUCAGAUCAGGUCAAUAUCACCGAGUUUUACAACAAGUCCCUGUCCACAUUUAAGGAUAAUGAGGAGAACAUACAGUGUGGGGAGAACUUCAUGGAUAUGGAGUGCUUUAUGAUCCUGAACCCCAGCCAGCAGCUGGCCAUCGCUGUGCUGUCCCUCACCCUGGGCACCUUCACGGUCCUAGAGAACCUCCUCGUCCUGUGCGUCAUCCUCCACUCCCGCAGCCUCCGGUGUAGACCCUCCUACCAUUUCAUCGGCAGCCUGGCCGUGGCCGACCUCCUGGGCAGCGUGAUUUUUGUCUACAGUUUUGUGGAUUUCCAUGUUUUCCACCGGAAGGACAGCCCCAACGUCUUCUUGUUCAAACUGGGGGGAGUUACAGCCUCCUUCACCGCCUCUGUAGGUAGCCUUUUCCUCACGGCAAUAGACAGGUACAUCUCCAUACACAGGCCUCUAGCUUACAAAAGGAUUGUUACCCGACCAAAGGCUGUCGUAGCGUUUUGUGUGAUGUGGACCAUCGCUAUCGUCAUAGCCGUCCUGCCUCUGCUUGGCUGGAACUGCAAAAAGCUCAACUCCGUUUGUUCGGACAUAUUCCCUCUCAUCGACGAGACGUACCUGAUGUUCUGGAUCGGGGUCACCAGCGUCCUUUUGCUGUUCAUUGUCUAUGCCUACAUGUACAUACUGUGGAAGGCUCACAGCCACGCUGUGCGCAUGAUUCAGCGGGGCACGCAGAAAAGCAUAAUCAUUCAGUCCACGGAGGAUGGUAAGGUACAGAUCACUAGGCCCGAUCAAACUCGUAUGGACAUCAGGUUAGCCAAAACCUUGGUCCUUAUCCUUGUCGUUUUAAUCAUAUGCUGGGGCCCUCUCCUCGCCAUCAUGGUGUACGACGUCUUUGGGAAAAUGAACAAGCUCGUCAAGACUAUCUUUGCCUUCUGUAGCAUGCUCUGUUUGCUGAAUUCCACAGUGAAUCCCAUCAUCUACGCUCUGAGGAGCAAGGACUUGCGACACGCCUUCCGCAGCAUGUUCCCCACCUGCGAAGGGACCGCGCAGCCCCUGGACAACAGCAUGGAGUCUGACUGCCAGCACAAACACGCCAACAACGCGGGGAACGUGCACAGGGCUGCCGAGAGCUGCAUUAAGAGCACAGUUAAGAUUGCCAAAGUUACCAUGUCUGUCUCCACGGACACGACUGCCGAAGCGUUGUAAGUCAGAGACUUCUCAGCGUUGUGAGGAAACGAGUUAGUUUAAAAAAAAACAAAACAAAACAAAAAACCAACAACAAACAAACCAAACCCAUGGCUUAACGUGUUUGUGCCCUCCUGUAAUUUUUUUUUUUUUUCUUGGUUUGUCAUUGUAAGCUGAUGAUUGUGUUAAAAGCAUUUCCAUCAGCCGGUUCUUCGGGUUUUACAAGAAGGGGUUCAAGCUAAAUUUUCAAAGGUUUGUUUUUUUUUCUCAAAAAGUGUUUACUGAACAGUAGUAAGUUUCCUGAAAGAGCACAGAGAAAAUACCAGGUUUGUGAUGCUUCCCUUUGAGGGUAUGAAGAAAAAUUGUGAAACCUAAUUGAGACCUAAUGCAUCCUAAACCAAUAUCAUAAAUAAGACAAAAAUCCUUGUAAUCAUGAUGUUCAUUUCAAUGUGAAAUAUAUUUCAUGUCUGUAAGUAAUAGGAGUUUUUGAUUUUUUCCAAAAGCGGCAGUGCUGAGUACUAGAAGUUUUGUAAAACGUGUUGUGUCCCGUGAAUUGUAUGCUGUUUUAUUGUGUGUUCUUGAUAUUUGUCUGAUUAAACAAAGUGAUAAGGUAGACUUCCGUGGAAAUAAUGUGAACUGUGAUACGUAAACCCCAUUGAAACCCCGUUCUUAGUGUAUUUGAAGAAUUCCUAUGAGCUAUUUUGGAAAUUUUACACUUUUGGUGGUCUUCUGUGGACUUAGAGGAGAGGCUUUGUGUUCUACUAAAGUUAUUUCCCCACUGCCUUUUACUUUCACAUGCAUACGAGAGUAACAGCAACAGAGGAAUAGAGGAGGAAAGUGAGCGAGGAAUGCACUGGUUCAGACUUUUAAAUACCACUGCGUUUAUACAGAAGGACGUUGAUGGUUGUACAGACGACUGCCCUCCUCUUGGGCAUUGUGUGAAUAUGAACACUGAAAUGUGAAGGUCCUGAAUAUUGCCUCCUUUAACCAGCAACUGGUUUUAAGCCACGUGCUGGUGCCGGACCACUGAAGACAGCAUGUGUCAGACUGAGUGUGCGAUGUUAUCACUGUGCAGUUGAUGUAUACUUGAAGUGUGUCACAUUCCUGUAUCCCAGGUUUAAGCAGAUUCAGAACCUGGGAUGCCAAGCUCCUGUCUUCGCUAAAAGAGGAGGAAAUAUUGUCAGACUUAGACAUUUUCUUAUUGUGUGAGCGUGUAUAUAAAUAAAUAUCUGUGUGUGUACGUGUGUGUGUGCGUGUGUGUGUGUGUAAGUAUACUAAUCAGUGUGAGUCAUGGUAGCAUAACUAAGAUAGGACACUUUGACCAAAUGUAAACUGUAUUUCUUGUUGCACGCUUUGCACAUGAAUUCUGUUUCUAAAAUUGAGUUCUUCCAACUGAUUACUGAUGAAAGUACCGUACUAAGAACAUCCCGAUCCACUCUGAGAGGUGCGUUCACGUGCUAGAGAAAGUAACCUUGUACUCGAGAAUAAGGGGAAACAAAGAGGCAGAGCACAGCAUGAACCUGCACUGACAACUGCAGUGGCUGUUGUUGGUGUUCCUGAAAAUUGAGAAAGCCAGAAAUAAAUGGUAAUUUGUUUUAAGGCCGUCAGUAUUCAAAUCUGAUGAUUAUUUGAAAUGAGUUGAGUCUCACUGUGAAGCCAGGAUACAAGGUUUGACACCAUCCGCUUGGAGAAAGAAGUUAGAAGGAAAAUGUUGACUUUGUUCUGUGGUGGCAUGGUUUCUGCAGCCUGGGACUUUCACAAGGAGUGUGUUCCUGGAUAGUCUGUGAGGUGGUAAUAUUCUGUAAUGCUGGUCUGAGUCAGAAGGUCUGGGUUCCUCUUCCCUGCUGCCUUGCUUUUUUGGACUAUUUUCUCACCCUUCUUCUGGCUGACUUCUGCCAAAAUAGCUGCAGAAGGUGGCUCAGCCCCUUAGCUGCCAGAUGCUUGCUGCAAGAGGGGUGGUGGCUCCUUCCAUGGCAUCAGGCGAGUGGAGCCAAACCCAUUCUGCCCUGACACCCAUCCUCAGGGUGACAUCAGGAGAGAGAGGGGCAGCAGCCCAGGUUCUCUGGUCACCCCAUGUGGUGACCCCAUGUUGUUUCUGAUACCUUGGUGCAGGCCAGAGCAGCUAGUAGCACAGCCUGGCCCAUUUUCAGCCAGGGGCUCUGUAGGGGCAGAGGUGGCUCCAAGGGGGCAGGGGUGGCACGUGUUAAAAGAUCUCAUCAGCGGAGGUGCUGAACAGUAGCUGGAAGACACAGGGGUACUUUCCUCCUCCCCUUCUGGUUCCUUGGGUGGUAGGACAGGGCACCAUACUCUGGAAGGGGCCAUGGCGGUCAGCUGGAACUGGCAGGUUGCAGAGGAUUCCCAGAGGAGUUACAAGUCCUCGUCCUAAAAGAUCUGUCUUGUACCUAGGCCUAAUCCAUCCUAAAGGAGUUCUCCUGAAGGAGGGGAGGAAAGCCCAUUUGAAAUGUAGAGGUAUUUUAAGAGCCAUUUUUGAAACUGUCUUCUUGGGAAUUAAACGCAAACUUUGUGGAUCUUUGUUGUGCAUUCAAGUUAUAAAUUUUACGUGAUAAAUCAUGGGACAAUGGGGCUGUCUUGGCACUUAACUUGGUGCUUACCAAUAUAAUAAGAAAUAGCAUCCUGUGAAACGUUACCGUCUAUCAUCAGUAUCUUCAUUUGCAUAAUGAGUUUUUCUAAAGCUCUGGGAACUGUGUUGGUUCACUUAGAACCAUUUAUUAAAGAGGUGGCAACGAUUUCCCUACACGUUGCACACUAAGUAGAACUACUCUUUCAUUAGAAAAACCUGCUGCCGUUCCAGGAGAAGCUGUGUUUAAACUUCAGCUUUAGGUAUUCCUAAUUUGCAGUUGCCUACCUUCACUUAGUGAUAGCACAGCCAAAACGAUACUGUGUUCCACAGCCACCCACACCAUCAUCAUCCACCAACCAACAAUAGUUGCAGUUAAGUAUGUGUACCAGUUCCAAGUGUCACGUAUCUACUGAGAAACCAUCUGUGUCACAUGUGUGCAGAGUUAGAUUCUCAACAGUCUAAGUGUGUAUCUGGAUAAUACAAUCUCCUCAAUGCUGUGCAAUCACUAUCCACAUCUUGCACUGGCCUUUCAAUGACAAUUUUAGUGUGUCUAUUGUGAGAUAGACAGCGCGUUUUACCUGCUGUUAUUGGGCUGAAUGUAUGUAAAUAAGUGGAAAAAAAAAAAAAAGUCAUCUGUACAAGCAGUGGCCUAAAAAGUCUGUAAUUGUAGACUAGGACAAUUGUUGAUAUUGCUGUGACAUCUCAAAUACUACCUUUGAAUAAACUGUUUACAGGGUCUCUUUGGAUGCUGUUUCGUAGUGAAAGGAAAAUCUUUCCUUGUGAUAAUAUGAGGUAAAGAAAUUGAGUUACCUGAGCUUUUUAUUUCCAGUGUUUCAAAGUGGAGAACAUAACUCUUUAUUGUCUGUAAAUCUAACAUUAUUACUUCCUCUUAGAAGAAUAUUGUAUCAUUAGAUGUUUGUUUGAGCUGGUAACAUCCUUGCAACUGCUGCAAUAUUUUUCAUUAGCAACCUGUAUAAUAGUUUGUAUACAAGUACUGUUCAGAUUGUCAUGAAAAGUAGCUUUGACCAUUUACCUACCAGUAGCAGAAUAGUAUUUCUGUAAGAUUUCCAGUGUAUUCCUACCAUAUCAUACUUUAUUUCUAGAAUGUAAUUAAACUGUUAUUUAUUCAAGGA